UGCAUGCGCACGUCACGCGACAGCGGACUCGUCGAAUCGUCGUGUUUGGAUGGGAUUAAUGAAAUCUGCGUGUUGCUUUGAAUUUGACGGAUCUGGAACAUAGAUUUCCCAAUUGAAACUACGAGAGACAGUGGAGAAGGAGCAAGAUGUCGAAAGAUAAAAUAGCUGUGUUUCCAUCUCGCAUGGCCUUGACCACCAUGAAGAUUAGACUGAAAGGUGCACAGAAGGGUCACAGUCUUCUGAAGAAAAAGGCAGAUGCGCUCACUCUGAGGUUCAGACAAAUCCUUGGAAAAAUUAUUGAGAACAAAACAUUAAUGGGAGAAGCAAUGAAGCUUGCUUCUCUGUCUCUUGCAGAAGCAAAGUUUGCAAUGGGAGACAUAAGUCACAAUGUUCUUCAGAAUGUAACUAAAGCACAGACGAAAGUUAGAUCAAAGAGAGAGAAUGUAGCUGGAGUCAAUCUACCUGUCUUUGAACAUUACACAGAUGGAGCAGACACUUAUGAACUGACUGGUCUUUCACGUGGAGGGCAGCAGAUUGACAGACUAAAGAAAAACUAUGCCAAAGCUAUUGAGCUCCUCGUUGAGUUAGCCUCUCUCCAGACCUCCUUCAUUACUCUUGAUGAAGUGAUCAAAAUCACCAACAGACGUGUUAAUGCCAUCGAACAUGUCAUCAUUCCACGUAUAGAAAACACCAUCUCCUACAUCACUACUGAACUUGAUGAACGAGAGAGGGAAGAGUUUUAUCGUUUGAAGAAGAUCCAAGAAAAGAAGAAGAAGAUAAAGGCCAAGGAGGAAGCAUUAAGAAAGAGCAGACAAGCGCAGGGAGACUAUGGGGAUUCCAGGAAUUUGAUAGAUGAUGAUGUAGAUGAAGAUUUAUUGUUUGACUCAUAGUGCAAUAAUAGGAAAAGAUGUAGAGGGAGAAAUUUAGUAAAGAAAUAUAUUAUAUCUAUUUACAUUUGGAGGUAUUGUAUGUUGGUUAUGAGAUAUUUUCUUUUUAAAAUGACAAUGAUUAGGAAUGUUAUGGGUUACUGAGAUAAAGAUGUCUUCUUUUUUUUAAUUCAUUUAAUGCAAAAACUUUAAUAUUUUGUGUAUAAUAUAUUAUAUUGUAUGUUAUCUUAUUUGACAGUUCAUUUGAGUAAAUAUCAAAUCAAUAGUAGUCAUGUGAUGUUCAUUUGUUUACAGCCAGAAUGUUAUCCAAACCUGAAACCCAGUACUUGAAUACUUAACCAAAUACAAUCUAAUACAUUGUAUAGUUAGGAUAAUAACUAUGUUUUGUUCAGAAUUCUAAGUAUCAUGAGAGUUCAUAUUAUGUGUGUUAAAUAAGUGGUACCUGUUGGCUCAUUUAGCCUAAAAGGGUUACUUCAGGCUAAAAAUUAUGUUAUCUGAACAGCAACAGUAAAAUUAAAUGAACAAAAUUAUGAAUAUUUUUAUCAAAGUUAGUAGGGGGAAAACAAUGUCAUGACUUAAUGACAAUCAAAAUGUUGCAUUAUUUUGGCAAAACAAUUCUAUAACAUCCUCAUAAGGCUCAUAAAUAUACAACGAGCGAGCUGAUAUUUUCAAUUUCAGUGUUUGGAAAUAUUUUUUUUUGGCCUCUGAGAAUGUAACAUUGGAUUGACUGCUGAUUUUCUGUGUAAGGUAAUAAUUUUCUUUUUACACACAUUAUGAAAUGAAGUAAGAAAAGGGAAAGUGGAGGACAUGACAUCAUCAUCCCAAUUUUUCUUAUAUUAGGUAUCAUUAUUAUUUUCAGACUGAUGUAUCCCUUUAAAUACUGUACUGAACAACUCUUCUACCAUCCCAACUAGUGCAUUCACGACAACAUGCAUAAAAUUGUUUUCACAAAUUAUUGGCAGACUUAAAAUUAGUAACUUCUUUAUAAAUUUAUAUCAGAUUUAUCAGAAUUUGCUGCCAUUUUCAGUGUUUUGCUCAUAUGAUUUUUCUAUAUAUUUAUAUUAGGUAUCAUUAUUUUCAGACUGAAGUAUCCCUUUAAAUACUGAACUGAACAACUCUUCUACCACAGUGUAUCAUCUGAAUAGUAUGGUUUGUUGUGCUGGAUGAUUUGAUUGAUUUACUGACCUUUCUGGCCACUUAUUCAUCCAUGUUCUUAAGAUAAAGAUACUUCCAUGUAUUCCUUUACCCUGAGUUAUCUAUUUUAACAAGAUAAAAAUGACUAGGUGACAUACUUACUGUAUGCCAUCCCUAUUUUGUCAGUAUGGAAUCUCAAUCAAAUUGGGGCUAUGUGUGAAGGGAGGGGGGGGGGUCACUUAGGUCACUUAAAGGAAAUUGUGAAGUUUUUCUGCUCGUGGUAUGUUUAGGAAUACCUUACCUUCUUUUGAAUUUGCCACUUCUUUCUUUUUACAUUCCAAUACCGGGGAGAGUGUAGAGGUAAUGCCUUUCUAAAAGGGGGGAAAAAUCCUUUCAUGGCAACUAUUGUAUGAUUGGUUUCAUUUAACAACAAGCAUAAUUUUCAAAUAUAUUGCAGGUUGUGUUAAUGCAAAAGUGAGACAAGGUUUUGGCAAAACAAGUGAUCACGUGUAAGUUGUAAACAUGUAUCGUGCAUUUAAAUGUUAUCAUCGUAUGCUUGUUUUAUUUAGUGUAAUUAUUGCAAUGUUCAGUACUGGAUAUUCAAAUUGCAAGGGUGUCAUAAAACUGUCUUCAGUUGUGUAAGUAAAAAGAUUACAUAUGGUACCAAAUAUAAAGAUCUAACAAAUCAUGUGAAUGUAUAGGUUUUUUUUCUUCUUGGUUAAAAGGAGAAUUAAAACCUUGGAACAAGUUAGCUUGUAUGAAAAAAAAAUAAUAAGAUCGGUAAAAGUACAAUGAGAAAAUAAUAUGAAAGUUAUGAGCACUUGAAUUUCAAAAUCACUAAUGCUAUGGAGAUCCUCUCAUUGGCAAUAUGUUUUUCCAGCAUUCUAAUAUUAGAACAAACUGUCCAUGAUAUAUUUUAUGAAACCUCUAUUACAUGGCCUCCCAUGAAAAAUAUGCCUGAUCUGUGGAUAGACUUAAUGAAAUGACAAAAUAUGUAGAAAAUAACUUGUAAUAACAAGUUGCGACAUCAUUCAUUUUGGUUGCAUUGCCAAUAGAAGGAUGUCCACAUCAUAGUGAUCUCAACAUUCAACUGCUUAUAACUUCUUUGUUUGUUCAGCUUUUCUCAAAUUUUCAUUGAUUUGUGUCUUUGAUUUUUCUAUUUUCAUUCAAGCUAACUUGUUCCUUGGGUUUGUUCUCCAUAUUAGAUGGUCUUGUUUUUUAUGGGCAGAGGUGACAAAAGUCAAUGGGCAGAGGUGACAAAAGUCAAUGGGCAGAGGAGACAAAAGUCAAUGGGCAGAGGAGACAAAAGUCAAUGGGCAGAGGAGACAAAAGUCAAUUUAAUGAAAUAGUUCAAGUACAUGGAAAUAGAUAUCAAAUCUAGAAACGGGUUCGAAUCUUAAAUUACUAUAUAAUGAAGUUUUUCAUGUAGUGACAUACAUGUAUGAAUUUUAAUUGAAUCAAGUUUGGUGCAAUAUUACAUUUUGUCAUUAGGAUUACCGGUACUAAAUUUUGUGAAAUGAUAAACUCUAAAAGGCACUUAAUAGCCCUUUCCGAUUUACAGUCAUUUUGCUGGCUGAAGUGAUAAUUUGGCAAACCAAAAUUCAGAUGUGAAGGUGUUUGGGCAAAGAGUUGGUUCUGGUCUGACCAAGACAAAAAAGCUUUUUUGCUGGCACAAUAUUCCAAGGCCAUGCAUGCAUGUAUGUAGAUACAGGUACAUGGAUAGUGGCAAUAUGUGUUUAGGCUGGACCAACAAUUUCAUGACCAUUUGUCAGCCCAAAUCUUGAUACAUGAACAGCUUGCUUCAUGUAAAUUCAACCAGCCAAAAUUGCAAAAUAGAUAGGAAGGGGUUUAAGGUUUACUUUUGUCAGCCUUCAUGGAGAAUUUGACACUAUUCUGAUGGGUAUUGGAUAAUUGAUGUCUGUUAUCCAGGUUGGAAUGAGUUUAAUGAGCAGAAUGAGCAGCAUUCUAUGAUAUUAUUUCCCAUCGUCACAUGUGGAAAUGCUGUAUCUACUUUGCCUGACAAACAGCACCUGAAGCCAAUUGCUCCAGAGAUGUUACUAGAGUACAGGUAUCUCGAUUUCUUUUCUUAAUGGCUGGUGUCAGCAACAGUUUUAGUAUACUCUCCAUGAAAUCCAACAAUGUAUUUUACCUACAUGUAUCAAUGAAUACAAAAUAAUUUAGAGUCUGCUUUUGCUUUGAAUAUAAAGUGUUUAUUACAAUAUAUAUAUGAAAAUACAUAAUUCUCAUCAUUUGUAAUGCUUUUUGUGUUGUUCCAUUAACAAUAGAAAGUAUAGCAUAAACCUACAAAAAGAAAAAAAAAAAGAAUUGCACUACUUGGGUUACUUCAUUUUAAUGAAAAUUAAGCAAUAAAAUGGAUACAUGUACAUAUCUAUAGUGAUAAACCAUAGUAAUUGUGUCUUUCUGGCCUUUUGUAAGCCCCGCCUAAGCUUUGAGCAGUCAACAAAUAUUUCAGUCAUAUGAACACCAGUGGACAUCAAGUGUACACACUCCUCAUUUUAUCUACUGGAAUUCAUGAAAAAGUUCUCAUGUAUUCACUAGUGCCCAAAUAACAUAGCAUUUUACUUGGCAAAUAAAAAAAUUAUGGAAAAAGCAAAUAGAUAUUUGACAGGAAUGCAUAUUCAGUAUAUAAUUUGUAGGGUUACAAAGUUUUAUCAUUUAAUGGCAAGCAAAUUUGACUUAAGUUAUCAACUUUUAUUGACAUCUCAGAAGGAUUCCUCAGAUAUGGACAGGCAAAUACUACUCUAACCAUAAUAGAAAAACCUAGGAAAACAAUGAUAGAGGGUUCAUCGAGAAUAUGUGAGAAGAAAGAAAAACCCAAAUGCAAAUUAUUAACCAUAAACUGUAAAAAGUUGUGAUUAAUUUACACAUCUAUUAUAUUAAAUUACGAUUUAAAUCAGAUUUCUCACAAACAUCAUUUACAUACAGCAUUUUAAAUAAGAUAUAAAAAUAUACCUAAGCAAAUCGAUUCUGCCAUGAGACUUCUAAUAUCCAGAGCAUAUGAG